AUGCUGGACGAAAACCACCACCUGAUCCAGUGUAUCCUGGACCACCAGAGCAAGGGCAAAACAGCCGAGUGUGCCCAGUACCAGCAGCUCCUGCAUCGAAACCUGGUGUACCUGGCCACAAUCGCAGACUCCAGCCAGAACAUGCAGUCUCUGCUUCCCGCGCCUCCAACCCAGAACAUGAACCUGGGCCCAGGCACCCUGAGUCAGAGCGGAUCCGGCCAGAGCCUGCACUCGCAGGGCAGCCUCAGCGAUGCCAUCAGCACAGGCCUGCCCCCGGCCUCGCUCAUGCAGGGCCAGAUGGGCAACGGCCCCAACCACGUGUCCAUGCAGCAGACCGCGCAGAGCACGCUGCCUACCACUUCUGUGAGCAUGUCAGGCAGCAGCCACGGAACCGGGCCCGGCUACAGCCACUCCGGCCCCGCCUCGCAGAGCGUCCCCAUGCAGGGCCAGGGUGCCAUUGGCAACUACGUGUCUCGGACCAACAUCAACAUGCAGUCCAACCCAGUGCCCAUGAUGCACCAGCAGGCUGCCACGUCCCACUACAACUCGGCGCAGGGCAGUAGCCAGCACUACCAGGGCCAGUCCUCCAUCGCCAUGAUGGGCCAGGGCGGCCAGGGGAGUAGCAUGAUGGGGCAGCGGCCCAUGGCGCCCUACCGGCCUUCGCAGCAAGGCUCUUCCCAGCAGUACCUGGGCCAGGAAGAGUACUACAGCGAACAGUACAGCCACGGCCAGGGCGCCGCUGAGCCCAUGACCCAGCAGUACUACCCUGAUGCAUUCUGGAGGCCGAGGCAGAAUUAUGAGUUCCAGGCCAGACUAGACUACAGAGUGAGUAGAUUUGAAGUACAGCUGGGGACACAGCUGGGCUUCCUGGAGCACACCGAGCAGAACAUGUUAGCUGAAGAAGCUGCUCGGUGGGGGCACCCCGACCCCCCCGCUCCGAGGGCGCUGGGGGCAGCGGCGCAGGCGGCGCAGACAGACGUGAGCAGGGCCCUUCUCUCUGCAGGCAACUCGCAGUACAGCCAGCAGCAGGCCGGCUACCAGCAGGGCUCGGCGCAGCCGCAGACAUACCCCCAGCAGCAGUAUGCCAACCAGCAGAGCUAUCCCGGGCAGCAGCAAGGCUAUGGGCCUGCUCAGGGCGCCCCCUCGCAGUACUCCAGCUACCAGCAAGGACAAGGCCAGCAGUAUGGGAGCUACAGAGCCUCACAGACGGGACCCUCUGCCCAGCAGCAGCGACCUUACGGCUAUGAACAGGGCCAGUAUGGAAACUACCAGCAAUAAGGGACAAGCGUUCUUGUUGGAGCCUUUGUGCGAUGCAUUCUUCGGGAGAUGGACAGGCCGGUGGCAGUUCUCAGAACUGUGGCCUGCCGGCCACCCUUCACCCAGUGCUGCCUCUGCAUGUGAAGCGUGCUCAAUUCACGCUGGGUGUGGCGCGUGCGUGCGUGCUGCCGGCUGAGCUGGCUAUGAGGGCACAGUGCCCGGCGCUGUGUGUGGUAUUGUCUGUCGAUGCGGCGGCGAAGUUCCUUUCUUGUCCCCACCCCUCCUCUAUGUUUCUAGCUAGCUUUGGGGAUCAUUUUGUCAUCAGUGUUCUGUGCCUGGUAAUGGGACGCUAUCUAAGAGACUGUCUAGUGUGCACAUUCACACCAGCACCCGGCCUGACCCCCUCUCCUCUUAUGAUUGUUGCCACAUGGGUUGGUUUUGUUUUUUUC